AAUAAAGCUUAGUAGAUUUCUUCCCACGGUUAAACAAUCAUUCGUGGGAUAGUACUGACGAGAGCGGUCCUCGUCGACUCGACGGACGAACAAUUGCAACAUUACAGCCUACUGCACGCAUAGACAUGGAGGGGAGACCGAAGCUUCAUUGUUCAAUUCUUAUUCUUGUUAUCCUGUGUCUGAUGCUCAACCGCAAGAGCAGUGCAGAGAAGGUUCUGAUGGUACCCCGGCCCCAGUACGAUAGCCACUGGAUGGUAGAGGCGUCAAUCGGGCAGGCAUUGGUGGACAGAGGUCAUACCGUCACCGUGGUUGUUGGGGAGGAUAUCGUGGCGAAACUACGAGCAGAGAGGCCUGACUUUACGUUUGAGACAUUUCAAGACGAUGGAGUCGGAUCACACCUGCGGGAAUUCCAGGACUACCUCUUUGGAAAGGCAGAAACAUCCACUCUGUCCGCCUACGAGGAGGUUAUGAGACUUAUUAAACAAGCAAGCAAACAAACCGAAAAAACGUGGGACUGGAAAUAUUGCGAGCAUCUGUUGGGGGAGGAUGAAAAGGAUAGUGACCUUAUGGGGCGAUUGAAGACAGCGCAAUACGGUGUUGUUAUUUCUGACUCUCUUUUAAGAUGUGGCCAUAUAGUGGCAGCAAACCUUGGGAUUCCCAACGUCGUAAACAGUCCCGGUGGCGGUAAGUUUAUCGACAACUGGCUACUGGUGUACCGUUACCUUUGGCAUACGUAUCGACAGAAGAAUCACCAUUUACUGACCAAACAAGAGUUCGUAAUGACGUUUUUGCAAAGAGUGGAGAAUGCUUGCUUUUAUUUUGGUUCUGCAACCAUCUUUAAAAGCUGGUCUUUCUCUACCGAAUAUGAUGACCUGGUCCAUAAGUAUGUAAGUGAGAAAGAGACUAUUCAUAGUCUUCGGUCACACACGGACUUGUGGCUGUAUAAUACCGACACGGUUCUGGGUUUCUCCGGUCCCUCCAUGCCCAACAUGGUCCAAGUUGGCGGGCUGAUGGCAGACCGCCCCGUCGUCCCUCUCUCCGUGGACAUGGAGGAUUUUAUGCAGUCAUCAGGAGACGACGGAGUAAUCGUUGUCAGCUUCGGGUCGAUGGUCCAUACGAUGUCGACGGAAAGGAAAGAAAUGUUCGCGGCAGUCUUCGCGCAGCUCCGACAGAAGGUGGUGUGGCGGUACGCGGGAGAGAAGCCGGUCGGUCUGGGUAACAACACCAAGCUGAUGUCCUGGCUGCCUCAGAAAGACUUACUGGCUCAUCCCAAGACCAGAGCCUUCGUCACUCACGUAGGGAAGAACGGUAUGUACGAGGCCCUGUACCACGGCGUGCCCAUGGUUUGUUUCCCGUUGUUCGGAAACGCCGCCCGGGUUGUGGACAGGGGACUAGGAGUGAGUUUGGACUUCAGGACGGUCACCUCGGACCAGUUGUACCAUGCUCUACUUCGUGUUCUCACAAACAACAGUUACCAUGAGACGGCAGCCCGCCUGUCCCGUCUGCACCGUGACCAGCCCCAGUCACCCAUGGAGCGGGCCGUCUGGUGGAUAGAACACGUCAUCAAACAUGGCGGACUGCCCCAUCUCCGCGCACGCGCCGUGGAGCUGCCGUGGUACCAGUACUACCUGCUGGACGUGGCUGCGUUCCUGUUGGGCAUCUGUUCAGCUGUUCUGGGGACCCUGUGGUACAGCUGUUCAUUCGUCUGUAGGAAGGUUUGCUGUAAAAGGGGUGGCAAACUUAAGUCACAAUAGAAGGUUUCGGUAACAUACGCUUUAUCGACCUUAACACUAAAGGACAUGAUUGUUAUUUGUAUUUUGUUUUUAGCAUUAAACACAUACCCCUACGAAUUGUAAGUGUUUCACCAUUAUCUUAAGUCACUGAAUCACAUGAUGCAUCAAUGUAUAUUCCUGAAAUGAAGGAGCUAUAUGUAUGCUCUUUUUAUCUUUAACAAACAUUUCUAUGUUUUCUGUAGUAUUUCCUAGUGUUUCUUUGUGGCUAAUUAGCUUUAAGAAAGAAUUGAUGACUAACAUUUUUCUAUGUAAUGAAGCAAGGAAGAAAUUACUGUUUUUUUGGACACCAAACAUUCUUUGUUGGUACUGCAGCGGAGGUUUUGAGGCCAAUCUGUGGCUUUUGGAGACCGUGGCCAGGGCUACACCCUGCGGGCACAGAUGUAAAUGUCACAUUUCUAUGUCUAAAUAAUACUAUUCUAGAUACCAGAAGUAGAUUUGACUAUAUCUUUACCACCGACAGUCAUCAUAAUGCUAAGAUAGGUAAAAACAUAAAACAUUGAACAGAUAGUGACACGUUUAGCACCACCUGACUGCAUAGAGGUUUUUCCUUAUUAUCCUAUCUUGUCUCAUUAGUAGAAUCUUAUCAUCCCAUAGCUAUACUGUUUAAUUAGUAGAAUUGUAAGAUAUAUUCUGUAUUCGUUCUCUUUUUGUAGUUUAUAGUAGCAAAAGUAGCUGUAACUACUUUUUGUCGUGUCAAUAAAGCUAAGCCUUGUACUAUCACCCUACUAUAUUAUGUUCAACCGGUUUCCCUGUUAUAUUAUAUGCACUGGUGCAAACUUUUCCUGCCAGGUAAUCUUAGUGCUGCUGAUGGAGAAUGAUGGAUGUCACUGGAAACGUCAUAAAGUUAUCCCCCAAUAUUAUCCAUUUUUUGAGAGAUUUAAUUGCUUUAGGCCAUGAAAAAAAUGUGUUUCUUAGUUCAGUCUUAUGUAUUAGACUUUGGUUAAAAAUUGAGUGAUACAACAAAAUAAAACUUAAAUGCA